GGAAAACCUCCAGUGAACGUAACACCCACAAACGCUGUCCGAGGAGGAAGAAGAGCUCAGACGGACGGACGGACGGAUGAACGGAUGAACGGAGGUAGAGCUGCACCAACAUGAACGAUGACGGCAACGCCUCCGUCGCCGUGGAGUCGCUGAUGGCGUGUUUCCAUGACGACGACGCCUUCAAGUACCGGGCGUAUACCUUCACCUACCUGCUGGUGUUUCCUGUGGCGUUCCUCUGCAACAUCGGGGCGCUGGCCGUGUUCUUCCUGCAGGGCGGCCGCAGAAGCUCCGCCUCCAGCGUGGUCAUGAUGAACCUCGCCCUAUCAGACGGCAGCUUCUCCCUCACCCUCCCUCUGCGAUUGGCUUAUUACAUCGGGGGCGGAGAGUGGAUCUUUUCUGAUUGGCUGUGCAGACUGUGUGUGUUCGGCUUCUACCUGAACCUGUACACCAGCAUCCUCUUCCUCACUCUACUGAGCAUGCUCCGCUGGUUGGCUGUGGCCCGCCCCCUCCGUCACCGGACUCUGGCCACGCCCACUCGAACGUUAUUGGUCUGUCUGGGAGUGUGGAUGCUGGUGGGUGUGUCCUCCGCCCCGUUUCUGUCCAAUGGGAUGACACACAGGAAGGGGGCGCUGCGCUGCUUUGAGCCGUCCACUCCGUCCUCCUGGUCCCGCCUCCUCAUCCUAAACUACGUGGGAUUGGUCGUCGGCUUCCUCCUCCCCUUCCUCACCAUCAUCAGCUGCUACAGCGACCUGGUUCGUCGCCUGAUGUUUGGCUCCGCCCCCCGUGGCGGCGGCAGCAGCAGCAGACGCAGGCGGCUGCGCUCCGUGCACCUGGUCGCCAUGGUGACGGCCACCUUCCUGGUCUGCUUCCUGCCCUACCACGCGGUGCGGUCGCUGCACCUGCACGCCGUCUGCGGCCGCUGGAGCUGCGGCGUGACGCUGCGGCUGCAGAGGGCCACGGUGGUGACGCUCUGCCUGGCCGCCUCCAACAGCGUGGCCAACCCCCUGCUCUACUACUACGCCACCAGGACCUUCAGGGACAGCAUGAGGGACGCCUCGCUGCUCGCCACCAGGGGGGGCUCCUUCAGGACCGGACUGGCCCGCCUCACACGGAGGAACACCGCCUGAACACGUCUGACCUGCACGGAAACCUACAAUCCAGUUCAUCCUCCAGGAGGAACCAGGUGUUGAUGGAGAUCCAGAAGAUGGAAAACAGCUUCAACGUUUAUUAGCUUCAGAGAUGCAGACGAGACGUAUCAGACACAGACACAGACACACAAAACAGCCACAAAGAGACACAGAACAACCACAAAGAGACACAAAAUGACUACAAAGAGACACAAAAUGACUACAAAGAGACACAGAACAACCACAAACACACAAAACAACCACAAAAACAGACAAAACAACCACAAAGAGACACAAAAUGACUACAAAGAGACACAGACUAACCACAAAGACACACAAAAACACAAAAAUACGCAAAACAACCACAGAUACAGAAUUUUGGACAAUUUGUUUUUUGUUGUUUUGUGUCUCUUUGUGGUCAUUUUUCUGUAUUUUUUGUGGUCGUUUUGCAUCUCUGUGGUUGUUUUGUGUCUCUUUGUGGUCAUUUUUCUGUAUUUUUUGUGGUCGUUUUGCAUCUCUUUGUGGUUGUUUUGUGUAUUUUUGUGGUUAUUUUAUGUAUUUGUGGUUAUUUUAUGUAUUUGUGGUUAUUUUAUGUGUAUUUUUUGUUGUUUUUUUGUGUUUUCCUCUGUUAAACUGCUGUUUGGUCUAAGAUCUGUUAAUGAGUGGGUUCCUUCUACUUCAGUUCCGAGCAGCAGUAGAGUCUCACAGAGUAACAGCGCCCUCUGCAGGAUCCCUGUAGGUUUUCACUGUCAACAAAACAACCUGGAACAGUGUUUUGUUUUGUAUUUAAACUGUUGACUGUUAUUAUUUCACAGAUUUAACCAGUUUUAUUAAACUACAAAUAAUAACCACUGAAAUCACAGAAAAAAGUACAAAUUCACAUGUUGACCAAAACUGUAGAUAUUGUCAUGACCUGAUGUUCUGUCUUUAAAUCCACAUAAAAAUCAUUAUUUUACACUCAACUGCCGUUAUUUGAAAGGCAGAAAUAAUGAAUAUGAAGCAUGGAAAUGGUAAACCAUUUUUAAAAUUAUUUUUAUAUCACAGGAAAUAUCAAAUGAAAGCUGUUUACAGAUUUGCUGCCUUUAAAUGGUCUAGAAGUCUCGUUAUUUUACAGAUAUUUGCUCUUAUUUUCACAGUUUAACACUUUCUAACUUCUUAGUAUUCCACUGAUUUUUAAGCUUUGAUGCCAUAUUUCAUUCAUUGUUUUGCUGGAGAUGUGGAUCCAUCCGCCUGUGAAAGUAGUCCCUGUAGGAAACUUGUUUUAUCUCCGUCCACAAACACUCUAAUCUCAGGUUUACUUUAUAAAUAUAUGAUGCUGGCGUUUAAACCACAAAUACAGUCCCUGAUUAAAGUCUUGUCCACGUUGUAGGAACAAUAAAUCACAGCUUCACUCGUAGUGGAUCAGAUGGAAUCAGAUAUAGUUUAUAUGAAAGUCAAAUGAUGAUGCUUGUUCUACCAAAAUAAAGCUUAGCAUCAUUCAUUGAGUUUUAUCAUUGAUUCUAUUUAUUAUUGAGCCACAAAAACUUCAAAACAUAAAGACCACAAAAAACAAUUAAUAUUAUCUCUGAGUCCCAUGAGCACCAACAACUCAAAUAACUCACUGAUGAAGUCAUCUGGAGCUGCAGGACUCCCAGAGUUCAUCAAGAUUCUCUGGUUCCAUCUUCCAAGCCUUCAUCUUACCCUUUAUGCUCGGUAACGUUCAUGUCAGGUGACUGGACUGACCAACCCUGGACCACCUGGACCUUCUUUGCUCUCAGGAUCUUUGACAUGGAAGCUGAAGAAUGACCAGGAGCUCCAUCUGCAGCAGAAUUUACUGUCUCUUGUGGUUUGGGAUGUAAUGGGCAGCAGGAACUUCUUGAUUCUUCAGGCUGUAGAUGUUUACAUCCACUCUGCAGAUCUUUUUCAUUCACCCCCAUACUGGAUGGAACCCCAAACCCAGAUCUCUCCUCCACCAAACUUGACCGUUUUCUGGGUGAAUCUUGGGUUCAUGUGGGUUCCAUCAGGUCUUCUACAGCAUUUGCAUCUAUUGGGAUCCAGUUCACUGGAGGAUUCAUCAGAAAAAUCAACCUUCUGACACUUUUCCAUCGUCCUUCCUUUCUAGAAGCUGUGGGUUUUGGUAAAUUUGCUGUCUUCUGUUUAACGCUGGUUUCUGAGGACUAAUUCGUCCAUGGACAUCACCAUGUGUUCUAGCAGAUACCCUGGACCAUCGAAGCAACAGACGGUCUUCUCUAACGGUUCUCUUACAGGGUCUACCUGACCUGGGCUUGUCAUGAACGUCUCCAGUUUCUUCAGAUCUUUUUCUUUUCCUCUGCUCUUGAUGUCUGGAUACAUUAAGGAUGUCCUCCUCCUCAGCAGCAGACUGAGUCUUCAGGUUCUUGAUGGUCUGUGGUUGGAUCUUUGCCAUGUUGUCAGAGGUCAGGUUGGACUUCACAUGAAGGUCUGAUGUUCUGCGGUUCUUUUUAUAACACCUGGGAAUGAGUUAAUUACAGUAUUUGUCACAGGUGAGGCUCUAAUCUGUGAUUGGUUGAAUCAUUUAAAGACAGGACAGAACCAGAUGUUGUACCCAGCUGUGAACAUCUGGACACUUCUAGCUCAUGUUUAUGUGCCUGUAGAAAAGCAACGCUGUUUCUGGCCUUGUUUACUGUGCAGACUGUGCUGUCUUCAUGUUGAUUCCUUUCCACGAGGAAAACUUUGGUUUGACUUGAGAGACGACUCUGAGUGUUGAUUUCUAGAAGUCAGGACUCCGCUGGAGACUUUUCCUGACAAACUCACUGA